AGAAGAAAAAAGUAAAAGUGUAAAAAGCUGGGUUUCUUUCUAGUAUCACUUCGUAUUCUACCCAGGGUACAUAGGUCUACAUUAGGCACCCUUUUGAUAUCUUAUUUAUUACCUUAUCUCGCCUCCUCAAGACUAAUCAACAGACCAAUCAACAUUCCUCCUUUUCUAUCCAGGAUUAAACAGAGAACGUCAUGGAAACGUCGGGACGCAGCAUAACGCCUCUGUGGUCUAUGACUCUAGACCUCCCUCCCAGCUGUAUCGAAUUCUGCCCAGCCCUCCCGGACUAUUUUGUUGUAGGGACUUACAACCUACAGAAGGAAGAUGCAACUGAUGGGGAGUCUACAUUCGAAGAUGAAGAGAAGCAGGUCACCAACAAGCUGGUCCAGAAUCGGAAUGGCAGUCUCGUUGUGUUCAGGUUGACAGACGCUGAGAAGAUAGAACAUGUACAAACAGUUCUCUAUCCUUCUGCCAUUCUUGAUAUUCACUUUCAUCCUCAUCAAGAAAGGGGUACUGUUAUGGCCGUGGUCUCUAGCACAGGGACCCUUUCGUUUUUCAAGCUUUCAACUUCAGCAGGGUCAGUCUCCCUGCAGGAGAUAAGUACACACAAGCCACUUGGUGAAGGAGAGGGAGUCCUCUUCCUGUCUUGCUCGUGGCAUCCAUCUAUACCCAGUCUCCUUGCCAUUACCACUUCCGACUACCAAGUUCACAUAUUGCAAGUCAGUGACACUUGGGACGUAUGUAAGGCAAGCACAGGACCUUUGGUUAGCCAUACGCUCGAAGCCUGGACAGUGGCAUUUUCACCGUUUGUGGAAGGGUUGAACUCCGAGACACCAGGCGCACUGGAGGAUAGCUCGCAGCUAUUAAUACUUUACUCGGGAGGUGACGAUUCGAAACUUCUCAGCUCAACUUGUGCCUAUACAGCAGCCCGAACAGAUGAUGAUCUUCACGACUUAAUCGAAGCUCCUUACCCUGCAGUGGCCGUCAGAGGCCAUGAAGCGGGUGUCACUGCUAUACUGCCGUUAGACCUGAGGCUCUCGAGUAGUACUUCUGUGAUUGUCAGUGGAAGUUAUGACGAUCACAUAAGAGUAUUUUCUAUCUAUGAGCAGAUAGAAGGGGCACCUCUGCAUAUGCCCAGGUUGCUAGCAGAGCAAAAUCUACAGGGAGGAGUAUGGAGACUCAAGCUCAUCAAACUUGAGAAAAUGGCGGAAGACGCAACAGGAAAGAAACAGUGGUGGACAGCGCUUAUCCUUGCCUCGUGCAUGCAUGCAGGCUCGAGGAUACUCGAGAUCACAGGUGAUGGUGCAGAGGUUUGUGAGAUUAAAGUGCUUGGGCGGUUCGAGGGACACAAGAGCAUGAAUUACGGUAGCGACUUUCAACCUGGAACGGAAAUAAGAGAAAGAAAUCUCCGGUGCGUGUCGACGAGCUUCUAUGAUAGGUUAUUAUGUCUGUGGGAAUAUUAGAAAUGCAUGUAGGGAACUACCACUUGACUCGUUCAGGGUCGUACUCAUGUGAAAUUACGAUCAGAUUUACAUGUUUGAUUUUACGUAGAUUUGCUUAAAGCAUAUAUAUCCCGAGGUGCAACGAAAA